GUUUACCAAAAAUUGAAGUUUUGUUUUCGAAGUUUGUUCCAAGAGAAAUAGAAGCGAGAUUUGGGUUGUUUUUAAGAGAUGAGCCUUUCAUUCAAUUUUCAUGUUUGCCAAAAAUAAACCUCAUCUUUAUCAUCCUCAUCACUUCCUUUACUCCAUUUUUGUUUCACUUUUUUUGCCUCAAAAUUUUCAGACUUUCUUUCCUUCUUCAUGUAAAUAAUGAACAAUCUUUUCUGAAACUUAAUCACAGUCUAUUGUUUUACUUCAGUUACAUCGUCCAAUUGUUGACUUUUUACAUUAGUUAAACUUUUCUUUUCCCUUUUUUUUACUCUGUUUACUCGGUUAUUUGGUUAACACAAUGGUUGUUAUCAAUCCAAUGAUGUGCCUUUCAUUGUUUCUCUCGUCAUUUUACUUGCAAAUUGUUUCAGCAAAUGAGCUUAAAAAUAUGUUCAAUCAUCAGCAACAUGAUCGAGACUUUAGUGGUAAAAUUGGAAUACAUUUAGGCUUUGCUAACAGAGUUGUUAGACAGAUUGAAAGUGAUUCAACAACGAGUUCAGUGUUACCAGAAACACCAGAAACAUCGACUACUUUAAAACCAACAAUCGAUCCAAGUGAUGAAGAAGCUGAAGAGAUUAAUCGUGAAACUACAACUUUAAUAUCAGAUGAAACUACCGUUAGUCCAGUUAGGACAAAGGCAUCGGCGAAAGAUGCUUUAGAUGAAUUCAUUGCUGGACCUUUAAUUGUUGUUGGAGCUAUUUCGUUGGUUUCCUUGUGCCUGUUUCUUUUGUAUGUUUGCAAAUACCGUUCAACUGGUUCAUCUGGGUUAGAUGAAUCUGCUUGAUUCAAGUUUCCAGUUUGUUGCAUAUCUAAUUAAAGGCAAUUAAAUUUAUAAUAAACACUGCGAUGUGUUUACAAUAAAAUAAUAAACAUUUGAU